AUGUUUGAAGCAGCUGUCCUGGACCUGCAGAUCUGUGGAGAAUCAUCAGUAGUAGCAGACGAUGCCCAAUCAGAUGACCCGGAGAAACAAGCCCUGACUGAUGGGGUGGAUCUACAGAAGUUUUCAGUCAAGGACAGGAGAGAUGAGUCUGACUGCGUUGAGGCUUCCAUGGUGCUAGUAGGAGCUUUGGAAAUUCUGGAAAAGCCUACCGUGGUGUUUGUACGUCUGAAGGAAGCCGUCGUGCUCGACCCGGCCCUGGAGGCCCCGGUGCCCGUACGCUUCGUCUUUGCUCUAGUUGGCCCCACUGAGACUGACAUGGACUACUGCGAGACCGGCCGUACUAUGGCAGCACUAAUGGCUGACAAGGUUUUCAACCAGGCAGCGUUUCAGGCGAAUAGCCCCCGUGCACUGACAGACGCCGUAUCCGACUUCAUGGACUGCAGCAUCGUCAUCCCUCCCACAGAGAUCCAGAACGAAGCGAUGCUCAGCUCCAUUAUCAGCUUUCAGAAGAAGCUACUUCAGGACAGGUUCCAACGCUCUGAUCCAAACAACGACCUGGAGUCCAAACCUCGCAAGGUUUCCUUUUGUGCUGGUACCCCACCUGAAGACCCACUGUCCCGUACUGGUCGCCCAUUUGGAGGGAUGAUACGAGACAUGAAGAGGCGCUACCAUUACUACAAGAGUGACAUCACAGAUGCAUUUAACGCCCAGGUCCUUGCUGCGGUCAUAUUCAUUUACUUUGCUGCGUUGUCUCCUGCCAUUACCUUCGGAGGACUGCUGGCUGAUAAGGUGGACAACAUGAUGGGCGUUUCAGAGCUCCUCAUCUCCACCAGCAUUCAGGGGAUCAUCUUCUGCUUCGUUGCUGCUCAGCCCGUCCUGGUCAUCGGGUUCUCUGGUCCUCUGCUAGUGUUUGAGGAGGCCUUCUUUGUUUUCUGCAAGUCUCAGGACAUUGAGUACAUUGUGGGGAGAGUGUGGGUUGGCGUGUGGUUGGUCAUCAUCGUGGUGGUCAUUGUGGCCUUUGAGGGCAGCUUCCUGGUGUGUUUCAUCUCCCGCUUCACCCAGGAAAUCUUCUCCAUCCUCAUAUCCCUCAUCUUCAUCUAUGAAACAUUUUCCAAGCUAGGAAGGACCUUUAAGGCUCAUCCGCUCACUCUGAAUUACGAUCAUGUGAAUACAACUGUAGAAAAUCCCUGGCACCCAAAGGUGGAGGAGAUGGCCAUGUAUGACAACGCUACCGGGAACACGACUGUUGUUGUCAACAUUAUUAAGCCGUCUUACCCCAACACAGCCCUACUCUCCAUGUGCCUCAUGUUAGGCUGCUUCUUCACCGCUUACUUCCUACGCCAGUUCAAGAAUGGCACUUUUCUGCCUGGAAAGGUCAGACGUUUGCUUGGUGACUUUGGUGUGCCCAUUGCCAUUUUCCUCAUGGUUCUCCUGGACUACAACAUUGAUGAUACCUACACUAAGAAACUAGUGGUUCCCAAAGGUCUCAUGGUGUCCAACCCGUCCAAAAGAGGCUGGCUCAUCAACCCCUUCGGAGAGCACCAGGCCUUCCCCGUGUGGUUGAUGUUUGCUUGCUGCGUCCCGGCCUUACUCGUCUUCAUUCUGAUCUUCCUGGAGUCUCAGAUCACAACUCUGAUUGUGAGUCAGCCUGAGAGGAAGAUGGUGAAAGGCUCCGGGUUCCACUUUGACUUGCUGGUUAUAGUCGGCAUGGGAGGACUCGCUGCAAUUUUUGGUGUCCCGUGGCUCAGCGCUGCCACGGUUCGCUCUGUCACCCACGCCAACGCCCUCACGGUCAUGAGCAAAGGGACAAAACCUGUUAUCGAGAGAGUGAAUGAGCAGAGGGUCAGCGGCAUUCUGGUGGCGCUGCUUAUUGGUCUGUCCAUUCUGAUGGAGCCGAUCCUAAAGAUGAUUCCCAUGUCAGCCUUGUUCGGGAUCUUUCUCUACAUGGGAGUCACAUCACUCAAUGGCAUCCAGCUGUGGGACCGUAUACUGCUUCUACUCAUCCCCAAGAAAUACCACCCUGACGAACCCUACGUCACCAGAGUGAGCACAGGACGAAUGCACUUCUUUACGGCCAUCCAGAUCGUGUGCCUUGCACUUUUGUGGAUUGUUAAAUCCAGUCCAGUAUCCCUCGCACUUCCCUUCAUACUCAUCCUCACUAUCCCUCUGCGCAUGUUUAUGACCGGCCGCUUCUUCACUGAGCUGGAGAUGAAAUGUUUGGAUGCUGAAGACGCCAAAGUGACCUUUGAGGAGGAGCCGGGGAGGGAUGUAUACUGUGAAUCUCAGAUGCCAUUGUAGAUGUCUUCUAUGACAGCUAUAGCAUGCCAGCAAUCAUUUUAUUUUAACAAAAAUAUAUAUUUAUUUUUUAUGUGGCUCACAUAUUUCAUCUACUUAUGAGCUCAAACAAGUUUUUUCUAAUGAAAAAUGCAGAUAUAGAAUCUAUCUUUAUGAACAUUGAUAUCUUGUAUAAAAAUAUUUCUUUGUAAAAAAUUCCUGAAGAGUCGCUCAGGUACUUUAUUUGCAUUAUGUUGUUUUGUUUCUAUAAGCUUGUGCUUUGCAUACUACUGAAGCUGAAAUCAUAUUAAAGGGACCCAAACAUUUACAUAUUGGAUGCGAAGUGAAAAAUAUUGUAGUAUUAAAAUCCAAUAUGUUCUUCAAGCAGUCACACAUUGAAUGUAAUGUUGUAACAUGAUGUGCCACUUAAGUUAUUGUUAUACUCACUUUCUUCAUGCUUGUAAAAUCCGAAUUUGAAUUAAGUAAUAUAUGAUUUAUGAAGUAACAUUGCAAGCAAAAUGUAGAUACUUUAGCCAGAAGGAUCAAGCUGGUAACACUACACUGUGUCGCAGUAUAGGGAGUGAUAAAAUGGUGAAUUUGUGUUUGUUUAGUAUUCUUAUUGUCAUCUCUCUAUAAAUAAUAAAGACUACCUCCCAAAA